AUGUCGCCCCCUGCCCACAAGAUGUCCGUCUUCCCCCGCAUCACCACCUCUUUGCCCAGCGAGCACGCCGAGUUCAGGAAUGUGUUGUGGACAGGAGAGAGCAGUCAGCUCGUCCUCAUGACCAUUCCAGUGGGAGGCGAGAUCGGAGAGGAAGUUCACACCGUCGACCAGCACCUUGUGUUUACUUCGGGUACAGCCCGAGCGAUCGUCGGCGGAGAAGAGAAGGAGAUCAAGGCUGGGGAUCUUGUCAUCGUUCCCCAGGGCACCAAGCACAACUUCCUGAAUACCGGCCCCACUCCCCUCUCCCUCUUCACCGUCUACGCUCCAGCCGAGCACGCCGAGACGACAGUCAAUCAAACCAAGGAAGAAGGCGAUGAGCUUGAGGAAGCCGGCAAGGAUGAGCCUCCCAAGUGGGCUCAGAAGUAA